UUACCGAGGAAGAAAAGCUGCGGAGUUCAACAACCGACGGCUUAAAACUGUAAACAUUAAGAGCCUGGCUGACUAAUGUCUGUGGUUGGGAUGGAACUCUAAGGUUAACUUGAAAGUAUAGGACCAAACAUUGUUCUUCAGUGCAUGGAUGCAAAGCCAAUGCGCAGGGCCACCAGCGCACGUCAGGACGCCACUGGAAUGGACAUCACCAGCCGCUGUACUCUGGGGGACCCCAACAAGCUCCCUGAAGGGGUCCCCCAGCCUGCACGCAUGCCCUACGUCUCAGACAAACACCCGAGGCAGACCCUGGAGGUGAUCAACCUGCUGAGAAAACACCGGGAGCUCUGUGACGUGGUGCUGGUGGUGGGUGCCAAGAAGAUCUACGCGCACCGUGUGAUCCUCUCUGCCUGCAGCCCCUAUUUCAGGGCCAUGUUUACUGGAGAGCUGGCAGAGAGCAGGCAGACGGAAGUGGUUAUUCGUGACAUUGAUGAGAGAGCCAUGGAGCUGCUGAUUGACUUUGCUUAUACAUCACAGGUGACUGUAGAGGAGGGGAAUGUCCAGACGCUGCUCCCUGCAGCCUGCCUCCUCCAGCUUGCUGAGAUCCAGGAGGCGUGCUGCGAGUUCCUUAAGAGGCAGCUGGAUCCAUCUAACUGCCUGGGCAUCAGGGCCUUUGCUGACACACACUCCUGCCGCGAGCUGCUCCGCAUUGCAGAUAAGUUCACCCAGCACAAUUUUCAGGAGGUAAUGGAAAGUGAGGAGUUCAUGCUCCUGCCUGCCAACCAGCUCAUUGACAUAAUCUCCAGUGAUGAGUUGAACGUGCGGAGUGAGGAGCAGGUUUUCAAUGCCGUGAUGGCCUGGGUGAAAUACAGCAUCCAGGAGCGAAGACCUCAGCUACCCCAGGUCCUACAGCAUGUCCGCCUGCCACUCCUCAGCCCCAAGUUCCUCGUGGGCACAGUGGGUUCAGAUCCACUCAUCAAGAGUGACGAGGAGUGCAGAGACUUGGUGGAUGAGGCCAAGAAUUACCUGCUGCUACCACAGGAGAGACCGCUAAUGCAGGGUCCCAGAACCCGACCCAGGAAACCCAUCCGAUGUGGAGAGGUCCUUUUUGCAGUUGGAGGUUGGUGCAGCGGUGACGCUAUUUCCAGUGUGGAGCGCUAUGAUCCGCAGACUAAUGAGUGGCGGAUGGUAGCUUCAAUGAGUAAGCGGCGAUGUGGAGUUGGUGUCAGUGUCCUGGAUGAUCUAUUGUAUGCAGUGGGAGGUCACGAUGGCUCGUCAUAUCUCAACUCUGUGGAGAGAUACGAUCCUAAAACCAACCAGUGGAGCAGCGAUGUGGCCCCCACCAGUACUUGUCGCACCAGUGUUGGCGUCGCUGUACUUGGAGGAUAUCUGUAUGCAGUGGGAGGGCAGGAUGGAGUUUCCUGUCUCAACAUAGUUGAAAGGUAUGAUCCCAAGGAGAACAAAUGGACUCGUGUCGCAUCCAUGAGCACCAGGCGACUGGGUGUAGCUGUGGCUGUACUGGGAGGAUUUCUAUAUGCUGUAGGAGGAUCUGAUGGGACAUCUCCAUUAAACACAGUGGAGCGCUACAACCCUCAAGAGAACCGCUGGCACACAGUGUCCCCCAUGGGAACCAGAAGAAAGCACCUUGGCUGUGCGGUCUAUCAGGACAUGAUUUACUCUGUGGGAGGUAGAGACGACACCACAGAGCUAAGCAGCGCAGAGCGAUACAACCCCAGGACCAAUCAAUGGUCUCCUGUAGUGGCAAUGACGUCCAGACGGAGUGGGGUGGGCUUAGCAGUGGUUAAUGGUCAACUGAUGGCAGUUGGAGGCUUUGAUGGCACGACGUAUCUGAAAACUAUAGAAGUCUAUGACCCUGACGCCAACACGUGGAGGUUGUACGGAGGAAUGAACUACCGCCGGUUAGGUGGAGGAGUGGGCGUCAUUAAAAUGACUCACUGUGAAUCCCAUAUUUGGUAAUGCCACCACUGCCCCUCUCCUUCCACACACACUUCUCAUCAGCUGGCGCUUCUUCUGGCUGACUCUUGUGCCUCCAAAAGAAACAUUGUGAACCAGGUGGACAUGUGAGAACCAUGAGGAGGACGGGGAGAUGAGACGACAAUAGAAGGACAAACUUUUGAACUUUACUUCACCCCCAACCCUCAAAUCAAAGUCAUUAACUGACUGACCACGGUCGCCAUGAAGUGCACUGAGAGCGGAAGUCUACCAAGUACCAUUAAGCUUCUAGUUCAGAGAGGACGAACCUUUUCAAAGUUAUUUUCCAAGCGUUGUGGUCUGGAUUUAAACCGGUGCUUACCUUUGGUCAAGAAAGCUGCUGGCAGUGAGUGUCCUCUGAAGAAGUUUAACAGCAGCCGAAAGCCUUGCUCAUCUUCCUUUUGCUUUAUAUGGCAGCCCCCCCUAAACUGCUGCUGCUGACCACCCACCGCCUUCAGUAAGUUUAAAGAACAGACACCCAGUGGGCAAACAUACUUUCUCUUCAUUGUGAGAUUUCCUGGUGAUACAACAUUGCAUACUGACUGUAAGAGCUCAAACUCCCUCAUUCCGUUUGGCAUAGGCUUUGAACCGUACAGCUUUCCUCUGGGCCUCAUGUGUAGCAUUAAUCAGUAACAGUCAGGCAGCUUCCUUCUGAAGGCAUCUGCAUGUUUACUAUGGACACACAGAGGAAAACCAUAUUUUUGGUACUGUAGCUGUUUUUGUUGAUUGAGGUCUUUAAAGAUUUUAUUUGUUUUAUUUAGAAGAAUGUAAUUCACCCCAAGUGGACCGAGACAUCAAAAAUCAACCUCGAAUGUUACUUCAGCACUUCAAAUGAUUAGAUUUGUGCCAUGAAAGGAACUUCUUCUGUUUUUCCCAAAAAGGCUCUCCAUCUUGGACUGUAUUUUCUGGUUAGAGUCGAGACGAGCUUGUGACAGUUGUCCAGAGUAGAACAAGAACUCGUGCUGUCCAAGAUGGUAUAUUUGGAUGAGCUUGUUUUUUGGAAGUUGCCUGGCAUCAAAGACUAGAACAGCUGCACAGCUAUGGACCAAACUACUGGGUCACCUACCAUAAUACCCGUAGGAGCUGCUCAGCCAUAGAGACCUAUGCUAUGAUCUCCUGGCGCACAAUUUUUGUGCUGAGUGUUGGUAACACACCAUGUACCUCAGCACCUGGUGACCUCACUGUGUAGUUUGAUGUGGUCUAACACUCUGAGGCUGCAGUUCCUAAAUGCUUCCAGUUUGGAAUAAGACGACUUGCAGUUGAUUGUGGAAUAUCUGGGAGGGAAGAAACAUUAAACUGGCUUAUUGCAGUGUCAUGCUUAAAUUCAAUAAGCUCUUUAGGAAAUGUUUGUGAAGUCAGACUGCAUGGCUAGAUGCUUGAUUUUUACAACUGCAGCACUAGAACUGGAAACGGCUGAAUUCAACGUUUAAAAAGUGUGGCCCAAUACUUUUGUCCAUGCAGUCUAUUUGACCAGGAAGUAGGAAAACCAGAAAUAGGAAUAGCCAAGGCUAGCUGAUUAGCAAUGGUUGAACAUUCGAAAUAUGAGUAAAGAUGUUGCGUACUAGAAAUUCAAUCACAGAUGGCACAGGCAGCCGUUAAUGUCUACAUGGGGAAAAAAAUUACUUGGGAACACUCGAUGAUGCUUCAUCACACUGCCGGCACCAAGAGUCUUUUGCCAAGAAUUCCAUCUUGUUUGAAUUUAUUUAAGGUUUAAGAACAUGCAUACAAUUUCAGGAAGUUUCCUUGAUUUUGUUCAAUGUGCAGUGUAGAAAGAAAGAAUUGAAGAGCAUUUUAAAUUGCACACACAGAAUGAUGUUGGAGCGCUCUCUGAUGCACAGCAAACAGGGUUGCUUGACUGUACUGGACACUGAGCCCACUGAUCAAAUGUGGACACAGCUGAUUGGCGUGUCUGCGUGUCAUUACAGUAAAGCUCACAGAGAAAUCUGUUCUUUUUAGCCAUAGCCAGUGCAAUUUAAAAAAAAAAUAAAUAAAAUUAGUUCAUUUUAAAAAGAAAUCAUCAUCAUAUUGAAAUAUUACAAACAUUGGAUAGCUUACAGAUGGACCUGUUUGUAAGCCAUCCAACUGAUUCUCUGUGUGACAGCUUUACCACAACUUAUGCUGCACCUCGCAGACUCGCAUAAUGAUGUUGUAAUUAAUUCAAAAUCAGAAAGGACUCUGCUUCUGUAGCCAUACUGUCCCUAAUCACAGAAAUCAGGCGUCUCUCAUGGAAGUGGAGGAGAAAAAAAAAAAAUUGGAGUUCUGUUACCUUCUUUGCAGUCUCUGUUUCAAAACUUCAGAGUUGUGUGAAUAGCCUUUUUAAAAAUGCAGUAAGACAGGAUGGACCACAUGAAUAGAACUGUUAACUAUAAAGUAAUUGCUACGUGCGUAGUAGUGUGACAAUAUAUAUUUGUUUACAGAGCCAUAGGUCCAUUUUUGUUCUGCUUUCAGUUCCCACAUCCUUGCUUUUGUUCUGUCAUCAUACAGUGUAACAGCACCGCCUGCUGGUGGACGCUCAUAAUGCAGCACUUAUACAGAAAAGGGUGAUACAGAUGAGGAGUGGUACAUGGUUGUACAACUGAUCUCUCACAGAGUUUAAAUAGAUGGUGAAAUUUAGUUUUGAAUGAAUCUUCUCCGAAUUUAUUGCACUGUGAUUGGUAAUGUAUUUUAGAUUUUAUCUUUUCUUUUGUUUCUUAAUUAUAUUUUAUAAAGGUGUUUCCAGACAUUGGGAUGGAAAAAAAGAAUCACAGGUCAGCUGGGGAAUCAUACAUUUCAGGCAUCGCUGCCUUGAUGCUGUGCAGAAGCAGUUUUCUUUUCCCACAUGCAACACUACAUGUGUCACAUGCAGCUCAUUACAGCAGCUCUGCACUUUAAACUAUGGAAUCUGAAACAUCCUUUUUUCCUUCUUUUCUUUCUUUUUUUAUUUUUUUUAUUUUUAUUUUAUUUUUUUUAUUAUAAACUAAAAUGUCAUAAGCGAGCGAGUCACAACCUGAAUGUUGGUGUUUUUGUUUUGUUUUUUUGUUUUUUUGUUUUUAAAAUUUAUUUACAUUUUUUUGGGUAGUUUUUGGAUUAUGUUCUCUGCUAACACAGGGGAGGAUUUCAAGAGGCAGAACUGCUGUCUGUUUGUGUAGUUACUCUUUGCAGAGCUCCACUUAAAAAAAAAAAAGAAUGUUUAUGCUUCAGAAAUGCUCACUUGAAAAGAUGAAUCGUUGACCAUUUCAUUAUUUUUUAUUUUUUUAUUUAUUUUUUUUUUGGAUGUUGAAGAAUUGUGACACAUACGCAGUUGCUGAACAACAACUGUUUGCCUGCUUCUUGAAGACUCUUCCAAAAACAUUUUGCUAUUUUCAACUGCCACAGAAUUACAAGGAAAUGCCACUCAGUUUAAGAGUCCAUGCAUCUUAUUACUUUGGUUGUCAUAAUUUUGUUGUAAGAAGCAUGUUUUAUUAUUUAAACCACCCAAUUUUUCAGCUGUGUGACAGCAUGCUUGUUCUAAUGAGUGUUAAGUCCUUGAUUUAUAAACAACUAUGAUUUUUUUUUUUUUUUUUUCAACCUUUUAACGAAGCAGUUAUUGAUGGAAUUAUAAGUACACAAGGCAGACCAAACCUCAUUUUUGGAAAAGAUUUUAGACCAAAGCAAGAGAAAUAUGGUUCCCAGACUGAGUGGUAUUUCUGUCAUAUGUUCUACUAAUGAUGCAUUGUAUUAUAAUUGUCAGCCAGCCUUCAGUCGGUAGCCUUUUGAGAAGCCUCACCCAAAACGUGGUUGUAAUUGCAGAUGUUUGUUUUUGUGUAUCAGCGAGCUGUCUUAGCUCACCAUGUUCACUAUGACAACGAUUAAACUUUUUCCCGGAA